AUGACGAAACAAAAUAACCCCGAGCUAUUACACAACUUGGUAGUGCUCCUUAGGGAGAAGAACCCAGAGGACAGCAAGUAUGUUCCUAGUGUAGGCGAACAGAGUGGGUCCCCAAUAAGAAAGAGCAUCAUUAGUGGUUUUCAUGCUGUUCAGAGGGAGGAGGACCAAGCUACGGGUAAAAAUGACGAGGAGGAAAGGCCCAUCGUCUUUCUCCUUACCCAGCUGGGGAAAGAAUUACUCAUACACGAUAACUUACAUGUUCAAAAAAAAAAAAAAAAAUUUAUUUCGAAGAGCCACUUGGUUAUACACCGGGACGCCAACUACGUGAGCGUCUGCAACAAAAACAAUUUGCUCUACGCCGUGGCUUUGCUUUGCGAGGAGAGGACGGCUAAGGGGCAAGAGAAGACCGAAGAGAGGGCAACGCUCACCGGGCGUAACAAUUACACGCGUGUACUGUCCACACUCGAGGACGCCUCGCACAAAUUUGAAGCAAACUUGAAUUACUACGUCACCCUUGCAAAGGGAGAAUGUCACCUCAGGAAAAUUCAUCUCAUGGACUGUAGCCAGAUGGUGUGGGACUUUCAAUUUUUUAAACAGGACCUAAAGAGAAGGAUCAAAUACGCGCAACGGUCAAAACACCUGUGCUUUGUUUUGUCUCCUGGGGUGCUGGUUCGGGAGUACGCCCUGUUCGUGUCCGGGUUGAUGCGGCGCUUGGGCCGCGGCUCUCGGGGUGCCCUGUUUCACGUGGUGGACGAUUCAGCGGUUGGUCAGGCGGUGACCAGUUCAGCGGGGGGCGAGGUGGUGACCAAUUCAGCGAUUGAUGAAGCCGUGGACGCCUCUCAUUUAGCACCACGCCACCCCGUCGCGAGACAACAAAAGACGCCCUUCCUUGAGCAAAUUUGGUUCAUCCUUUCCCUCCUCAAGGAAGAAAACACCAACCUGCGAAAUAUAUACCACUUAGAACACUACACGAAAAUUUUCCUACACAACUGUGACAAGCUAAACAGAAAAUCCUUCAUCUCCUUUUUAAAACAAAUAAACCACCUGCACGUGCAUGCAGUAAAUUUGAACACACUCUUUGGUUUGUAUUUUAGCGAAACGGAGGAAAACAUCCUAAAGGUUUUUAGAAAAUGCGAAAGGGUUUCGAAGCAGACCGGGCGAAGUGUAUGCCUGGUCAUGGACGGGAUUGAUGUGGUGGCGCGGCGGCGCGGGGAAGGCCCCCACGGUGAGCGCGACGGUGACCACGACGGUGGCCGCCACGAUGACGGUGACGGCCCAGGGGGCGCAGAACCCAACGACAACGGGCGCCUGCUCACCACGCUGCUGCUCUGCCUUGACAGCAUAGACAACUACACAGGGCGGAGGCGACCUCCGCGGAGAGCGGCUGUGCAACGUGGACUCCACGACGAAGGCAACACAGGACACAACACCCCAUGUAAAGGGGACAAUCCAGCGAGACGGGUGCAAAAAAAAAAACACUCCCCCGAGGUAGACCUGUACGAAGAAGAUUCAGAUCACAUGGGGAGAUCUUCAACGGAUCAGGAUACCAAAAAAAAGUUGAAGAGAAAAAAAUUAGCAACACAUGUAACGUGUGACAUUAAGCAGUUGGCAAAAAUUUAUAAAGAAAAACACAGUCAGCUCAUGAGAAGGAAAAAAAAAAAAAACAUCAGCAUCAUCGUUUUAAGUGAUUUGGAUUUGAAACACUAUGACAUUUCUCUCACAAGAGCGGGGCGAUUUUUUCAUUUCAUAAAAUAUGCCUAG